AUGGCUCGCGCGUACAUCAACGAUCUGUCAGACGACCUGCUCAUUAGAAUCUUCUGGAGCUGCAAAGAACCCUACAUUCCUCGCCAACCCAUAAACAACAACGUCGAUACAACGCUAUUCGGCUUGCCCGGGCCAAGGUACUCCUGCGAGAAUCCGUAUGGCGAAGAGCUCACCACCUCCGAUGACUACUUGCUACCGUUGUCGCUGCGUCGGAACGACAACAGUAGUAGCACGACCGUUGCCACUUGUAGUAACAGUCCGUUGUCAGCUCCUUCCGCGCUCACUGACCCGGCCUACAAUCUCCUCAUCGCCUCCGUCUGCUCGCGCUGGCGUCGCCUGGCGCGCCGGCAGGUGUCCAUGCUCGUCGUGAAGAAGAACCGCGUCGUUCCGCUCGCAGAUCUCAUCGCAGCUGUCGCGUGCUUCCCUCACCUCUCCCACGUGCAUCUGAGCGACAACAGCGCGGAAACCAUCGACGACGCCUUCCUCGCUCACCUCGCUGCUUCGUGCCCCAAGCUGGUGUCGCUCCACGUGGGCAAGGGAAUGACGAAGCAGUGGUGUCGGGUGGGCGGGGAUGGCUUCCCGGUGACGGCAGCUGGUGUGGACCGUUUCGUGCGCCGCUGCACGCAGCUGCAGCACCUCUCGCUCUACUGCCUGCAUCCGUAUGAGUACCUCCCGCCGUCCCUCGCCAACCUCGCGCACCUGCGCACCCUCGGUCUCACCCACGCUGUACCUCUCCAGGUCCCGGGAUUCACGCGGUUGACGUCUCUCACGGCGCUCGCCCUCGACAUUCCCGAGGAUGCCGAUCUCGACUUCGCGACCCUCGCUCGGCUCCCGGCAUUCGCCACCCUCUCCUUGUCCAACGCGACGCGGAACCAACGGGGAAGCAUCGACGAACUCCCUUUCUCGCUCGCGCAGGUGCCGUCGCUGAGAGCGCUCGAGUUCGACCCGUGCAGCCCACCAUUCGACUCGCUGUUUCCGCCAGGACUCUCCUUCAGCAACCUGGAGCGACUCCUCCUCAAAGGCUGCGAGGGGCUGGAGCGCCUCCCUGACGACAUGGGCGAGCGCCUGCCACGCCUUCGAGACCUCAGCAUCUGCGCGUGCAAGAAGCUGUCGGAGCUGCCCGAGCAGCUCACCGCCCUCAGCUGCCUGGAGACGCUCACCAUCUCCUCGUGCAGCCUCGUCACACUGCCUGAGAGCUUUGGAUGGCUGCCCGCGUUGAAGACCCUGACGCUGUCCCACGUGCGCAUCAGCGGCCUUCCAGCGUCGUUCCACCAGCUCACCUCCCUGGAGACUUUCAACCUGCUCCAUAGUACCUCCUUCAGAUUCCCUGCAGCGUUCGGUGAUCUCACAGCCCUCCAGUGCCUCUACAUUCUCAAGGGCCCAUACUCGAUGCUCCCAAACGACGUUGGCGGCCUGGCUCGGCUCAAGGAGCUGGCUCUCGCCAAGCUCCCUCACCUGCCACAAGUUUUGAAAUCGCUACCCCAUUCCCUCGAUAUUCUCUCUUUAGGGACCUACCAGCGGCUGACCCCUUUUUUGGAAGUCCCUGCUCUGCCUCGGCUGAGGAGGUUGAGCCUCAUAAGUGUGGGCUGCAUGAGGGGGCUGGUCCCGGGCAUGGCGCUGCCCUCUGUGGAGCACGUGGAGCUGUCGCUGGUGGGCGAGGCGGAGGACCUCCCACUGCCCCUCGAUUUGUUCCCCAACCUCCGCACCCUCAAAAUCGCAACUGCUGGGCGCCUCAAGAGCUUUCCAAAGAAGUACGUUUCAGUCUUGCAGCGACUGCAGCGCAUUCACAUCAACCAGGCUGUCAAGUUGAGGGAGCUCACAGAGAGUGUCACCGCGCUGCACCGCCUCACAUCCAUUGAGAUCCAUGCUCCCGAGUUCUCCUCCCUACCGGAUGGCAUCGGCGCCUUGUCUCGACUGCGCCGGCUGAAUCUGGCCAACUGCUCGGCACUUGCGGAGCUCCCUGCGUCUCUGACGCAGCUCUCAUGCCUGCACGACCUGAAUCUGCGCUGCACCUCCCUGCACUCCCUGCCUCGCCACUUUGGACGGCUGCGUCGGCUGAAGACUCUUGACCUGCAUGGGUGUAAGCAGCUGGCAGCGCUGCCACGGGAUAUCUCCCAGCUCAAGAUGCUUCAUAGCUUGACCAUCACAGGCUGUGCUGAUGACCUUGACACUGAGUGUCUUGACAACAUGCGUGGGUUGCGUAUUGCUAAGACCUUUUAUGACUACUCGGAGUGA